ACCAAUUACAUUAACAAAAAGAAAGGGUCUGGAAUAGCAACAAGUGUAUUUAAAAAGGACAAAAAAAUGAGAUUUUUGCGAAAAGACAUUAUCUUUCAUUGCUUAAGUUGUUGAUCACAAUUCAUUCAUACCUCACCCCUUCCAUUCACUUUUAAUCACUGCUUGAAUACUGAGCGUCAUUGCUUGUUAAACUCAAGAUAAUUAACCUACACUCCUUCUAAUGCGUCUUUCGUCAGUUGCUAUUGCUAUAUCUUGCAUUGCUGCAAUUUUCACCGCAGCCGAAGCAGCUCCUGCAACAUGUUCCAAAACUUACAAGGUUGUCUCUGGCGAUACUUGUAUAACUUGCAAGUCGGCGAAGGUCUCUGUAUUAGCACCAGCUCAAGUAAGAAUACUGGUACUAAAAAGACCACCACAAAGAAAGCCACUACGAAGAAAACUACAAAAAAAACGACUACGAAGAAAACUACGAAGAAAACCACUACAAAGAAAGCUACCACGAAGAAAACUACUACAAAGAAAACCACUGCUACCAAAACCACGACAACAUCUGCCACUGCCACUGGCAUUCCUGAUAUUGCAAACUAUGGUUUAACUGUUCAAAUCAGUAGCUCUAAGGAUUUCUGCCUUUUCUUACCCAGCAGUCCCGGAAAUAAAGCAAACAACAAUGGCAAGGUUGAUAUUGAUGCUAUUGCUGAUUCUGAAAAGGAUGCUGUUGCUUUCUGCUUGAAGCCGAGUGAAAAGGCUCCAGGCGCUCGUACCCUACCUACUACCUUCAUUAAAACGGCACAUUACUACCGCAAUACCACUGCUGGCUAUGUUCAGGUCACUGGUACAUUCAAUCCCGCAGCUUACGAAUUGUCGACCAAAGACGAUGGUGGACAAUACGACAACCAUGGUGCUGGCUCUCCUCCUAACUCCAUUUGUCACGGCUAUAAAUACUAUGUAAGCUUGAUUGAACCUAGCACUCCUGACUAUUGUAUUCGAUGCUGUGACACUUAUGCGGAUUGUCAUGCUGGCAGAAGUGCUUAUGGUUGCAGACGUGUAGUCCAAAAUGGCAUUUACAAUUAGACAAUGCAAUACGAUUAAACAGCUUGUUCAUUUUGCACACUAAUUAUUUCAAUAGCUAAUACACAACCAGUUCCUUAAUUAUAUUGUAUUAUCCUUAUGGAAAUAAAUCUAUAGUGAUGCAAU